CGGUGGAGCUGUGCGAGGACCCGCGGGCUGUGCAGGUCUGAGUCCCACUCCGAUCCCUCGUGCGGGUCUCCGCAGCUCUGUGGGGACCAGCGGUCUGGCCGGAGGCCGGCAGCUGCGGGAGUGGAUCGCUCCUUGGCCGGGCCCCGGCGGAGGUCGUGCUGGGUGUCGCUUUGUGAGCGGGGACCUGGUCCCUGCGCGGGCGCUUGCAUUUUUAAGAUCUUCCGGGCCCUUUGGGGAAAGGGCGUCCAAAUUUUUCCUCAAAAUUUUUUUUUUUCAGUGCAUUCCGCCCCAAGAAAAGCCUGUGUCCAGGCAAAGUUAGUCCCCUAGGAACCCUGAUUAUUUUUUAGUGUUUGGAGUGGUUUGUGGGGCUUUGGUUAUCACAGAAACUUAGUACAGACAUGGUGUGCCAUGCAGUGUAUUUAAAAAAUUAAGGUUAGGGUUACAUAAUAAGCAAAGAGGCUGUUCCUUAUAUCUGAAUUAGUUUGGGGUAAUGUAGGAUAAGUCAGGAAGUAUAUUAACACUGCAAGCUGCCAAUUCCACGAAGUUGGAUGCUAAAAUUGCCACGUGACUCAAAACUCCAAUAUUUAAGAAUUAUUUCUUUGGGAACACCAAUGUACCAUGAAAGACUAAGGCAAGACCCUCUGUCUACCACAUGGUGGGUUGUGUGUAUGGAGGGUGCUGUUAGCCUGUAUGAAAAAGAUGGUACCUUGGAUUUUUAAAAAUGGAUGUUGAACCUGUACAUAUGUGACGAGGUUCUUAAAAAUACGGGGAGAAAUUGAAGUGGAUUUUAUCUAGUACUGAAUUGGUUCAAAGUACAGGAUAGGGGAGUUUUACAUAUUGUUCCAUUGGGAGGUGUCAACUUACUUGUAGCUAGGAGCCUUUUUCAUUAUUGUUUUGGGAAAAAACAAAACAAAACAAAACCUGCCAAGCUGCCACUUCUGCCAGGCUGCCACUCCUGCCAGGCUGCAGAUGGCCCAUAAAGGUUUGUUAGAUACUUCAGUAGCAGAUGCAUAGUGGAUACUUCUUUUUUAGAAUGGUUUUGGUUUAGUUAAGAAUUGUUUAUUGAAUUCCUUAUCCUGCAUAAGACACAAGAAUAGGUCAGAUCAGUAAGGAAUUCUGCUUUUGAAGAGUUGACUACUCGGCGGGAUAGUUUCACUAAAAUGUAAUUCCAAAUUAAAGUACAUUUUUCCAUGUUAAGCGUGUGGAACUAGUAAUAAGUGCAUGAAAGUAAAGAGGUGUAAGAGAUUGCCAUGGGCCAUCUAGAGUCCUGACUUUGAGAUUAAAAAUAGAGGAUUAUGUGCAAGGUAGAAUUGAUACAACUUGACUGAGUAAUUUAGAGGGUAAGGAGGGUAGGAGGAGAAAAAAUUAAUUUGUUUUCAACCCAGGUUGCAGAAUGAUGAAUGAACCAUCAAGUGCAUCUACGGUGUAUUUUAGAAGUAAAAGUUAAACUUUGGUUUGAAUGAAAAAUGUCCCUCAAUACACCUGUAUUUCUCAAAGAAAAGGAAGAUGAUAAUUCAAAAUUUGUGGAAAUACAACAGUCACAAACUACAUCCAUAGCUGCAGAAGAUCCCCUUCAAAACUUAUGCUUAGCAUCUCAAGAAGUUCUUCAAAAAGCUCAGCAAAAUGGAAGAUCAAAAUGUCUCAGAUGUGGUGGUUCAAGAAUGUUCUACUGCUAUACGUGUUACGUCCCAGUUGAGAAUGUACCUAUUGAACAGAUACCACGUGUGAAGCUUCCAUUGAAGAUUGACAUCAUUAAACAUCCAAAUGAAACAGAUGGCAAAAGCACUGCUGUACAUGCAAAACUCUUAGCACCUGAAUUUGUAAAUAUUUAUACGUAUCCUUGUAUUCCAGAAUAUGAAGAAAAGGACCAUGAAGUUGCACUUGUUUUCCCUGGACCUAAGUCUGUCUCAGUAAAAGAAAUUCCUUUUCAUCUCCAAAAAAAGAUUCAAAAUAAUGUUAGAGGCAAAAAUGAAGACCUUGACAAGCCAUCCAUUAAACGCAAGAAAACUGAAGAACAGGAUUUGAAAGACAGCAAGUGCAAAGAAACAACGCUGAAAACAAUUGUAUUCAUAGAUAGCACCUGGAACCAAACAAAUAAAAUAUUCACUGACGAGAGACUUCAAGGGUUGCUGCAAGUUGAGUUGAAAACAAGAAAAACGUGCUUUUGGCGCCAUCAGAAAGGAAAACCAGAUACCUUCCUUUCCACAAUUGAAGCCAUUUACUACUUUCUGGUAGACUAUCAUACUGAUAUAUUAAAAGAGAAAUACAAAGGACAAUAUGAUAAUCUUUUAUUUUUCUACUCUUUUAUGCACCAGUUAAUAAAGAAUGCCAAAUGCCCUGGAGACAAGGAAGCAAGAAAACUCACCCAUUAGUUUUUAAGAAGUCACUUAUGUAAUUUUAUUUUGCUAAAAUCAAUAAAAUUAUAAUUGUGCUUUGUUUGUUCCUAGGAAAUAUUCAUGUGUAAUGUCUGUAAGACCACUUGGAAAAAUAAGAUUUUAUUUAUUUUACUUCAUGUUUUUUAAAAUGAAGUUUUUUCUAAGAGAAUUUUUAGAGAUGGUGUUGACCAAAAAAUUCAUUGCAGAAGUUAUUUGCUCAGGUUUGGUGUAUCUCCAUUUUAUUACUAUAUUUUAAUGUAAAAAUGUGUUAUAUUUAUAUCUAUGUAAUUAGAUAUAAUUAGAUAUUUGUUUAGAGAUCUUCAUAUCUUUCCACCUAUACUCACAGAAUCUCCUGAAGAAAUUUGCCUAAGGUUAAUGGCAAACAUGGGCAGAACUAGAACUGUGGCUCCAGUCCCAAAGGGCUAUUUCUUUAAGUCCACACUGUCUGUGAUGGACAUUUGUUGCUAUUUUCAUCUGCCUGGCAUCUUUUUUAGGGAGAAAUUGCUAGCAAUCCUGUCCUGUCAUAGGGAUGGACACAUGACCCAGUUUAGCAAGCGAAGUGCCGAGUGCUUGAUCCAGGGAUGAGCAUGUCCCAAUAUCCUUUUUGAUAAUUGAUAUGGAUGCUCUAGGAGAUAGGGUUUAUUUUUCAAAAAGCAGUAUGGUGCAGUGGUUAAAAGCACAGACUCUAGCGCUAGACUAUCUAAAUCUAAAUCUCAGCUUUCUUUUUCCACCUUCCGGUGGUUUUGUCAGUUUCUUCAUUUCUGAAGAGAUGGUAAUACAGUAGCUAUUUUAGGAUUAUGAUGAGGUUUAACUGAGUUAAUGUAUCUAAGGGGCUUUCAGCAGCACCUGGCAUAUACUAAGUGCUAUAAAUGUGUUUACUCUUUUUAUUAUUUUAUGAAAUUGUGAACUAAGCAUGAUGUAUAUAACCCUAGAGCUACUGGUGACAUCUCUGCUGCAGGUGGCAAGAACUUGCCUUAGAAUGAAGCCAGCAAAAGAAAGCAGAGUGGAGAGAGGAAAAGACUGAGUCCUGAGGACAUUAAUCAUCUAAUCUAGCUGCUUGUGAAUGGAGCCCUACCGUGCUGAAUAGCUUCUUUUUGCCCUCUGGAUGCACCCUCCACUCUUUCCCAUUCAGCUCUCUGCUCUGUGAGGUAGGUCCCUUUGCCCAUUUGGCUUUUGGUUGGGAUCAGCAAAUGGAAGCACCAGCAGGAGAUUGGAGGUUGAAAGGAAAUGAAAUUGUGUGAUUUCCCUGGCUCCUUUCCUGCCAGGUCACCAUUUGUUGGCUGUGUCCUUCUAAUGAAAGUCAUCCUAUCAGGCAUCCCUUUCCCCGCAGUUAUUCAGGCCAAUUAAUUUCAGGCCAAUGCUCCCUCCCUUUACUUCUUUUCACUUACAUAGUAAUGAUUCCUAGGUGUUACUAGCUUCAGAGUAGGUCAUUGCAGCUUGUUGGUUUCCCUAAACUGUGCCUAUACCUUUGUAAAUAGUAAUUUUAUUAUAUUUUUCUCAAAUGUCCCCAUUUGAAGUUGUCUGGGACACUGACUGAUAAAUUUCACCCAUGUGGGUGCUGGAAAUAACAGUACAUUUCCCAAAGUAUACUCAGUGGGACAUGUGUUUUUAUGAAUAAAUGAGUUAUUGGUAAAACUUG